AUGGCAAGUUCAGAGAGUGAUAUUCUUAUGAAUCAUACUGAACGUUGUCGAAUGUGUUUGAAUUUGAUUAGUGACAAUGAAAUAUUUUACAAAAUAGAUGAAACAAUGAAAACAAAAUUUGAAAAUUUAACUUUUGUGGAGCUCAUCAUCAGUUCACAGUUUUCAUCUCUAAUUUGUUUAAAUUGUAACAAAAAUCUUGAGAAACUGUGUUCUUUUAGAGAAGAACUUAUUGAAAAUCAAACAAAGUUAUAUGAACUUCUUUGUGUUAAUUUUGAAGGAGAUUCAGAUCCUCCUGAUGAUGAACAUAACAAUCUCGAACCUGAAUAUUUAGAUGAAGAAAUGAAAUAUGAGAAAGUGGCUGACGAAAGUGAGACAUUUAUUUUACAAGACGCAGAAAACUUAGGUGCUUCAAGACAUAUAGAAUUCUUUAUUUCUGACACAGACGACUCGACACACUUCACACCAUCACAUUCAGCUUCGAAAAAGAUCUUGCGACCACAGAAAUGGAAUUGGACAGACGAAAUGGAACUCGAUUUAGUUCGAUACCGUCACAAAUACAAAUCGUUGAAAGAUUCUGAUAACUUGGCUUACAGGAAAAUUUCUCAAAAAUUUCAAAUAAAAGGAUAUCCAAACAUUUCAGCAAAGUCAAUCAAAUAUAAAUAUGAGAAGCUUCAGAGUCAACCAGAAAAAUUGACAAAACUAAAGGAACAAGUUGAGUUUGACAUUUCCAAUAGUGACGAUGAAGAGUUAAUUGUAAGGACUGACGAAAAGCGACGUUUUGGCUUCAAGAAAACUUAUUGGGGAUGGAAGGAAGAUAUGGAAAUAUUUUUACUUCAUUUAGCAUCAAAAAUCAAACAACAAAAUCCUGUGAUUCCCGAUAAAGCUUUAUUCAGAAACAUUGCGAAAGAGUUCGAGUUGGAAGGAUAUCGCAACAUUACUGAACAUAUUGUCCAUUACCAUUACAAAAAAGUUAAACAAGACGAAGCAAAGUUUCAACGUCUUUCAGAGAAAGCCAACGAAUUUGAAACUGAUGAAGAUUAUAAUGAAGAUUUUCAAACUUGGACCGAUUCUGCUGAUUCUGCAUUGGUUUCAUUUAAGAAUCAAUUACAAAAUCUGUUACCCGAAAGUAUUCCAAGAACUCCCCGAGAUAUUUGGGAAAAUGUGAAACAUAAAUUAGAGAAAAAUGGGCACGGAUCUUUCACUAUAAAAAGUAUCAAAAAUCGUUACUUUCAGUUGAUGCAUGGCAAUGAUGACAAUCAAUCGACUGAAAUGGAAUGCAACAAAGAAAUCUCUUACGGAAAGACCUCAAGUAAAAGAAGUUAUCUUUAUUGGACAGAAGAAAUGAAAGAAGCGUUAAUUAGACAUCGUAAUGAUCUCGACAAACGUCCAUCGAGUGGUGACGUUUGGGAGACGGUGGCAAAACGAAUGAAUGGCGAUGGAUAUGGAAAUUUUACAGCUCAGAAUGUUAUGUACAAAUAUUUUAAUUUAAAACGUCGAAAACUUGAAAAAUAA